UGCUUCCACCCCUAUUCGAUUUGAUAACAUUUCGAUAACAUUUAUAAAUCUUAAUAAGUAUUCCAUAUUUUUGUUAUAUUCAAAAAUAAUAACAAAUGGAGCUGGUGGCCAUCCGGCCCAAGGCGCCGGGAAGCACUAAUCAGAGCGGGAGCCAGCGACUGCCGGCCAGGAAGCCGGGACAGCGGAGGAUGUACCACUGCGGCGUCUGCUUGGCGGGAUUCCCGCGUCACUUGGCCACCAAGCGCCACGAGCAGCAGUGCGAGGCCAAAUUGAGGCGCCUGUUCGUCUGCCGCCACUGCCUGACCCUCUACGGCGAGGAGUCGCGGCUGGAGCGGCACCGGCAGCGGAAGCACGCGGACGGACAGUUCCUGUGCCUGCAGUGCGGCAAGCGGUACGCCUCGGCCACCUUUCUCUACCGCCAUGUGGUCAGUUGGCAUGGCGAGCAGUCGCUAUUCUACUGCGCCAUGUGCGCGGAUAACUGCAACGAUGUGAAGACCUUCAGCGGAAUGCGGGAGCUGCAGGAGCACGCCGACGAGGUGCACCACCUGCGCUCCCUGGGCUCCACGGCCAGCGAAACAGGCAGCCUGGUCGACGAAACCGAGGACCUGGAGAUGCUGGAGGAGAACAUCGAGGACAUCCUGCCCAGCGUCGACUGGGACGACGAUCUCACCUUCGGCUGGCCCAUGGACCUGGACAAGGAGUCGUGCAUUUCGGACGGCAAGCCGAGCGUCUUUGUGUGCCCCUUCUGCGCCAACGGCUUCUCGGGCAGUCUGGGUCUGGUGCGCCACCUGGAGCAGAUGCACGAUCGGAAUCCCCUGGACUGUUGCUACUGCGGCAAGAGCCACGGCAGCCGCGAGGCCCUCCGGUCCCACCUGCAACGUGUCCACGUUCUGCUGCGCGGUCAUGUGUGCGCCGUUUGCCAGGCGGACUUUGCCACCGCCGAUCAUCUGAAGAAGCACGUGAAUAGCCGCCACCUGGACCACCGGCCGCACCAGUGUCCCACCUGCGGCAAGAGCUUCGCCCAGCGGUGCCACCUCACCCAGCACAUGGCCACGGAUCGCGGACACGAGCAGGGCAACCACGUCUGCCAGCUCUGCCUGUGGCCCUUCUUUCGCGCCAUCGAUCUCGAACGGCAUGUCAACGAGAAGCAUCCGUAGCAGGAUUCGGGAUGAGAUGUAAGGUAUAUUCGACUGCCAGGAUAUUAGGAUUAAAAUUAGAGUUAAGUCUAAAGACGACAUCAACAGUGAGAAAACAUUACCUACUAUUUUACUACAGAAUACCAAUUAGGCAGUAGCAUCAGCUAAAAUAAGAGAAAAGUACUUGGUAUUUUUGUUUUUUGUUAAGUUAAAAUAUAAUUUUCUUUACCAAAAAAAAGUUCAAUUUAAAAUUAAGAGCUCUAAACAUAAAUAAUCAAUAAAUUAUGAUUAUUUGUUAACCAAUAAUAUUUAAUUAUUCCCACAAAGCUAACUUAGAGUUAAAACUAUAUCCAAACUUUAAAUAUAGAGCUUUAGCGAAUUAGGCCUUCAGCCAGCGUUUGCUUUGAAAUAUACAAUAUAGAUUUCACAGAUAUUAUUCUUAAACUAGUAUUAUAUCAAUAAAAAACAACAUUGAAAAGGA